AUGGUUAUCCCAGCUAGUAUAGUGGUGGAGGCUGCAGGCUUGCCUCAAAACGCACAGAUGCUUCAUUUUUGCCCUGCCUUCUUUGACAUAAAUCAGCUUGGGAGAAUGGAAUUUCAAACGGAAGAGAGCAGCUUCAGUCUAGAUAAGUUGGACUCAACAGCAAGAUGUCUGCUGCACGAGCUCACGCACUUGCCUUGGACACUGAACACCAAUCUGAAUGAUGAGCCAAAAGAUAAACGAGGAUGGUUCGAGGUCAUCACCUUUGCUGUCGAUGUUGAUAAGCAAAGCUCAGCACAAACACCGAACACAAAAACAUUCCGCGCGCUGAACGCUGAUAACUAUGCAUGGAUGGCAAUUUAUAAUUAUUUCAACUCUCUGGACAAAUGCGCUGGAAUUCGUUACACCGGCGAGAACCAAGGGCCAAGCACUUGCAAUGCGGAUGUCUGGCCUCAAGAUGCCCUGAAACCUGUCAAAACCACUUGGAAUAGCUGGCCUGGUAGUAACUGA